AUGAAGAGUGGAAUUCCAAGUGUGAUUGUCAAGUUGGAUAUUGAGAAGGCUUAUGAUCAUGUGAAUUGGGAUGCUUUGUUUUAUCUCAUGGAGAGGAUGGGUUUUGGAGAGAAGUGGAGGAGGCGGAUGAAGUUUUGUGUUUCAACAGUCCGAUUUUCAGUUCUCCUUAAUGGCUCUCUAGUGGGUUUUUUUGGUUGUACUCGGGGCCUUCGGCAAGGGGACUCUUUGUCUCUCCUCUUUGUUUCCUAUGGGGAACAACUUUUACAUAUUCGCAUGGUGAUGAUUUUCUUUGAGACUAUCACAAGCUUGAAAGUUAAUAUUGGUAAGAGUGAGAUUGUUCCAAUGGGGGCGGUAGGGAGUUUGGAUACUCUGGCUGGUGUCUUAGGUUGCAAUGUUGGUAGGCUGCCCAUGAUUUACUGA